CUCGUAGGUGCUAGUACUAGAACAAAUCGCACAGCUUAUGUGUUGUAAUAUUUAACCAUAUAUUCAUACAGUGGUGUGUUUAGAAUUAUUGUAUAUUUUUACGGAAGGGGAAAUGCUUGGUUACAAUAAAACUCUGACAAUAAUAGCAUUUUAAGCGCAGACAAAACACCUGGAGAUAAAAUGCAGGGUACGGUGUGUACGAAAACAAAGUUCCCUGUUUAAAUCUGUACCCCACUCAGCGACAAUAAUUUAGCGUCUGCAGUGUCUUUCAUUUGACAAAACCUGCCUACUUUGUGAAACAUGUUCAGAAGAAAGAGCCUACGUUGCACUUCAUCUGCACAUCUGGGCUAUGACCGGCUGACUGAUGUGACUCGAAGAGCCAGCCUGAGACAUUUUCUCAGGUCAAAGCUGAGUCAUAAUAGGCUGAGAACUGAAUGGAUACAAUAAAGAACACCAAAGCAGGGGUCCUGUCCUGGACCCCUGCACCGGCACGCAUCUCACCCACAAGCUCUUUAAUGUCUGAGGAUGCAUGGGACGACGAGGAUGGCAAAGAUGAAGAAGAAGACCAUGACUUUUUUAGCCAGAUGGAUGGCAAUGGCAUCAUUAGACUGACACUGGUGGAUGAGAUGCAGAAGGGCGAUGGUCUCCCAGGCUCCUCUCCUGGAUCCCCUAGCCCAGAGGACCUUGCGGGGUGUGAGGUAGAGAUACCAGUUGAGGAGCUGAGUUACAUCUUCUACGAACAUUUGGAUGAUGCAGACCUACUGUCAAGCUAUGCGGAUGACCUUUGUAUCUUAAAAGAACAAAGUGAUGAUGGAGAUGAGGAAAAGGACAUGACAAACGAAGGGCACAGGACAGAGCACCUGUCUGAGACAGACACCUACAUGGACAUGACUCAAAGGGAGAUAUAUGGUGCAGGAGAGGGGGAGAGAGGUUUCCAAAAGGGACCAGUGGACAAUAAAGACGAGUCAGAGAGCCAAUGUUUUCCUUCACCAUUUUUAUUCGUAGAAGCUAAUGGAGACUGCAAACCACCAUGUCCAACGUACCAAGCCUUCUCAUGUCCCAUUACCUCUCGCCUGUGCCCUUUUACCACUGAGGAAAUGGCUGCUGGUCCAGGCAUUUUUCAUGGAAACAUUCCAAAUAUGGGCUUUACAGAUAGUCAUCCAGACACAAACAGCACCAUGAGCUGCGGGUCCAGUCCUCACCAUCAACAAAAAGGAGACCAAGGAGAUUUGGAAGAAGCAGCUGACUCUUCUGAACCGCUACUGACAAAUGAGCACAGCAGUGUCAGUAAUGAGCAUUUAAAUGAGGCUCCUAAAAAGCCCACAUCCCCACUGGGGGAAAGGAGACUUCAAGCUUCUUUUGACCCUCCAAAGGAGGACCGCCACUACUCUCCAAAAAGAGCUAAUGAAUCAAGAAAAGGCAACCAGAACCACUAUGUACCAGAUUUGUCGAAGGUGAAGCCUAGGGUCUCUUUCCCCAAAGGGGAUUACAAGCCACCCAAGAGCAGAUGGUCGUCCAAGAAUCCUCCAAAGUCCUUGACGCCUGUUGUCUUUAAAUCUCCUGCUGACAUUGUGAAAGAAGUCCUGCUGAACACGGCCGACGGAUCUCAGGCUUUGUCGGACUAUAGUAAAAGAACAUCGACUGGUGCUCCCAGUGCCACGGUGCCGCAGGAGUUCAGAUGCCAACACAAGGCCCAUAUCCUGGCUGAGCAGCUGCAGGAGGACUACAACAGACUGCUCACUAAAUAUGCCGAGGCAGCAAACACCAUUGAUCGUCUACGUCUGGAAGCCAGGGUUAAACUGCACUCUGAGCAACCCAGGCCUGCUCACUUUGAGCCAUCAGGAUUGCAUACUGAGCCCUCAAAAAUCAUGAGACUGGACUUUCCUCAAGCUCAGAGAGCCCAGCCCAGCACGGUUUCCCCUCCGCCCAACGGAGCCAGUAUACAAAGAGCUUCCUGUGGCCUCCCGGCAUUAUCUGCCUCCAUCUCCAAGAGCUCAGAUUGCCAAGGAGGUCCACAGGUGACCAAUGUACUCUACACAAAGGCCGACAAGCUCCUCCAGCAGCUGCAAGGGUUUGAGGAGCUGCUGAAGAGCAAAAAACCUCUUCAACAGGUGAAGGCUCUCUCAAAGCUCUAUGAAGGACUGGACUCUUUAGAAAAGGGCUACCUGUUAGCCAAAAAAGAACAGGAAGAUGCAAACAGCGGCCACUUUGACCCCAAUCGAGAGCUGGAGGAGUUUAUCUACCAGUGUGGACUGCAUAUGGAUGAGCUGAAGGAGAAAGUGGAACAGAGGGUUCGUGAUGGUGAUCUUCUUUCCCACUCCAUGAAAUCAUCAUCAUCUUUUGAUGAUUCGCCUUCAGAGAAGCGACACAUGCUUGAUCCAUCAGAGAUGACGGAAAGCAGUGGUGAUGAGACCAAAGGAAGUGAUGUUAGCCUGAAUUCUGCUCACCUCAAGAGAUGCCAAGAACAAGCAGAAAACAUUCAUCCGACUUAUGCUGCUCACGGCAGGAGGAUGAAGGAGGUCAGCAAGUCCUGCAGCAGCAGUCUGAGCAGUCUAGGAGACAUCACUGAGAAGAGGCGCUCCAAACCACAAACUGUGAUCAGGAAAGCCCUCUCUCAGGAUGGGAUCACCUCGCCGGGGACGGAUAGCGGGUUUGUUGGUUCGGAGACCAGUCAUCAGAAUACGAGUGCAACUCCGGGCUCUGUCCACCAGGGGGUGCCAAAGAGUGUUUCAGACCGUCAGGAGGUGAGGUCAGUGAAGCCUCAGGCAAGCCGAAUCUCAGCACCACCUCAGGCAAGCCGAAUCUCAGCACCACCUCAGGCAAGCCGAAUCUCAGCACCACCUCAGGCCUCCUCGCGUUCACACAGCCCCCCAACAAUUGAACCCAGAAAAUAUUGCCAACCCGAGUUGAGAAGAUCCUGUCAGGAUGAGAGCCAGCAAGGCCAGUGGGUCCGUCAGACAGAUGCUACCAGGACUGACAGUGAAAGCACGCAGCCUGUGUCUGAGGACAUACAAAGUGUCCAGUAUGAAGACUCCCUCCCUUGUUCCUCUCCAAGCCCCUCCUCCGCCGCUCGGCACCAUUACCAUGGCGACACUCUUGAAACACUGAGGUCCAGCCAGGCAGUGACUUGCAAUGAUCCAAGCCGACCCCGGCAGACCAUUUCAGCCAGACCAAAGGAGCGGCGGGAAAGUUCCCCGAGAAACCAGAAGGAGUCCAAAGCAGAUCAUUUACUUCAGCGCAACAGCACAUACUAUCGAACUUCAACACCUCUCAGAUCUGGAGCGCCAUCCUUCAAUAUCGAUGGAAGCAGCCGAAAGAGAUGGACCAAAGAGGCGGAGAAGGUGGAGAAGGUGGUGAGACACGCAUCCAGGAAAAGACUGACACACAAACAACAACCACGACCUGACUCAUCAACUGCAUCAGAGCCUGAAAACGCUGCUUGUCAGCUUCUGGUGUCAAGAUCCACUCAGACGUCAAUUGCAGUACCUGACAGCCAGCCCUCCCACACGAGCGUUCCACACGUCCACCAUAUAAAAUCUGGACUGUGUGCUGCAGAGCAGGAUCAUGCUGAGCCUGAGAAAGCUGAUAUCGAGACGGGGGGACCUCCUCCUUGUUCUCAGUGUUUGUCACAUCACAGCGGCUCCUCAGAAAAAUCAGCUGGUGGCAACCGAGCGGCGGCCCACUUCUGCUGCUGCCGUUGUCAUCACGGUCCUCACUGCGGACAUCAUGACCCCAAGACAAGAACUGAUCCAGACUGUUGCAGGGACUCAAACCCCGCUAAAACCUCCAGCUGCAAACCCGAGUCUCCCAGCAGGGCGGCAGCAGCUCCCGUGUGUCCCACGCCACUGCUUCUGUACCUCCAACCUCAAGCCGUCCACAUGUGCGGCAACAACACGGGGGCGCCAUCCAAGAUGUGCAGUACCAAGGAGGAUAGAGAGAGGUCACGACCAUCGCACGUCGUCCCGCGGCGCUCCCUGGAUGAAGCCCUCCUCGAGGCGCGGAGGAUACACGACAGGUCCAAUCGCAUGGUGCGUAAACUGGAUGCAGGUCUGCGCACUCUGGAGCGACUGUCCAAACCCCCCCACGCCAGCUCCAACUCCAACUAAUAGCCUCAGUGCCUUCGAGCAAUGAACCUGCCUUGUGAGGCUUUUGCAAACAUUUACUGCUGCUUUUUUAUUUGUGAGAAAACCUUUGAUGGCCAAAUAUGAUUUUAGCAGGCAUGGCCAGCAGGACAGUACAGUAAUCCCUCGUUAAUCCCCAUCAAUUAGUUCCAGACUCAACCGUGAUAAGUGAAGUUCCACCAAGUAGGAUUCCUUCACCAUUUUCUACACCUUCAAAAUAGGGUUUGUAACAUUAUUGAAGCCCUCUAGGCCUGAAAUAACACAACAAAAUAAGCCAUUUAAGACAUAAAUAAGACUUAUGCGCGUGUGUGUUGCUGUAAAUGUGUUGCGGUGCUCAGGGAACUGAAGCAGGAAGUGACGUCGGGGAUUCAGCGUUGAGUUUUAUAUUGCCGUGGGUUAUGACCGCAACAACAGCCUGGGUUAGGGACUGUUGGGCCUGUUGUGAGAUCAUUCAAACCUGCAAUAAAAGCCUGUUUGAGUCUGGUGCUUGUGUGUCUCCCCGGUCAUUACAGUAACACAACUCACACCUAGUGACCAGUGUAGAAUAUUACAUAUCAUCACAACGUCUUUCAGUGCUUCUUCUGAAUGCCUUGUAUUGGUAUUUGAGUUCAUUUAGCAAUUUAUGUGCUUAAAAAUGCUUAAUUUAGGCAAAAUAUGCAUUUUUUUAGUUAAUAAUAGGCUGUAUUCAACCAUGACACAGCAUGAUUUAUGAGUACAUUUUUGAAAAGCUGUGAUACAAGAGUGAUGCCGUGAAAUUCUAAGUGCAAAGUGACGAGGGAUUACUGUACUGUACUGUACUGUACUGUACUGUACUGUGUUUCGUUUCUCUGCUUCGAGUUGUAAAUAAUUAGUUAAUAAUGAAUGUAAAUAAUUAGUUAAUAAUGAAUAGAAAGGUGGAGUGAUGGCGCUACGUCCAGGAAAACAAUGCUGCACCUGUAAAUCCAGCAGAAGUCAAUUCAGUCAACAUUUUCCAGCAGGAAGAUGCUUUGACAAGACCAUAUAUUUUGUAAGUACAAUACUGUGUACCCGUGUGUUUAAUUACUGUGAAAGGCAUAUUUUAGGGCUUAAAAGUAUCAAAAUAGGCAUUUGUAUGUGUUUGUAUGGGUGUGUCCAUUAUGUGUGUUUUGUUCACCAUUUUCAUAAAAGGACAUGUUGAUCACGUCCGUCCGUGUUUACACUGCAGCAUCUCGGCUGCGAUCGGCUGAAUUUUCCAACUGCCAAGACGUAGCACUCAUUCACUGUUAACGACCAUGUAAAGUGUGUUUCUGUCAAAAUUAAUAAAAUAGAUUUAGAUAUUUUA